CCUCCUUCACUCCCGUUCAUCGGCCACCUCCAUCUCCUCAAGGAGCCAAUCCACCGAACUCUACAAACCCUCUCCCACAAGUACGGCCCCAUCUUCUCCCUCACUCUCGGCGUCCGACGCGCCAUCGUCGUGUCAUCCCCAGCUCUAGCCGACGAAUGCCUCAACAAAAAUGGCGCCGUCUUCGCCGACCGGCCGCACGGUUUACUCGGCUGGAAAAUCAUCGGCUACAACUGCACCGCCUUGGGACACACGCCGUACGGGCCCCACUGGCGCAACCUCCGCCGCCUAUCCACCGUCGAGCUCCUCUCCACCGCCCGCCUCAACUCCUUCCUCCAAGUCCGCCAAGACGAGGUCCAGCGCCUGGUCAACGGGCUGGUCUACACGGGUUCCGGUUUUCACGAGGUCGACAUGCGGUCGAGGCUGAUGGGGUUGUCGAUGAACAUCGUGAUGAGGAUGGUCGCCGGAAAGAGAUAUUUUGGGACGGGCGCCGGCGAAGUGGGUCACGAUGACGAAGGGCAGAGGUUCAAGAAGUUGAUAAGGGAGUCGUUUGAUCUGAGCGGCACGACGAAUCCGGUGGAUUUCCUGCCGGUGCUGAGGUGGGUCGAUUUCAGUGGGCUUGAGGGAAGAAUGUGGGCCGCUCACAAAUGGACCGACGAGUUCUUCCAACGUUUGAUUGAGGAGCACCGGAGUAGUUAUGGAGAGAGGGAAGGCAGCAAUGAGAAGACGAUGAUCGAUACUAUGUUGAAUUUGCAGGAAGCUGAACCUCAAGUCUACACCGAUGAGAUCAUCAAAGGCCAGAUUAUGACGAUGAUAUUAGCCGGCACAGAUACCUCAGCAGGCACAAUAGAGUGGGCGAUGUCACUCCUACUAAAUCAUCCCGAGAUACUUACCAAGGCAAGAGCUGAACUAGACAUUGUAAUUGGCCACAAUCGGCUAGUACAAGAAUCCGACUACACUAAACUUCCGUACCUCCAGGGAGUGGAAUCAGAUGGUUACAAAUUUUUGCCAUUCGGUGUGGGAAGAAGGUCCUGCCCUGGGUCCGGGCUGGCGAACCGUGUGGUGAGUGCAGCUUUGGGAGCUUUGAUACAAUGCUUUGAGUGGGAAAGGAUCGGUGAAGGGCUGUUAGAUAUGAAGGAAGGACUUGGGAUAGUUAUGCCUAAAGCUGAGCCACUUAAAGCUUUGUGAAUUCAAUGGUAUGCUUCUACGGCAUGGCCGCCGAAGCCAGGCACCGUGUCCUCUGCGGCCGCUGUUGCUUCACUUCCUGUCGAUCCCGCAGAGACUCGGACUAUUGUCCCUCUCCCUUCUGCUCAGACACAGCUGGUUGUGAGUCAUUCCGGGGAGCUCAAGUUUGUUGAGGUGGGUUCCAUUCACAGGUAUGGGAAGCGGUCACUGGAGAUUGCGGCUCUUACAUAUAAGCGGUCCUCGGGAAAUCAAUCAAGGAUGAAAGGCUUCCUUGUAGACAACACUCCUUUAGAUCCCCUUGCUGCCUAUACAAAUAAAAAUAAGCAAAAUAUGACGGAGCUUGCAGCGACUGUGGCAUUUUCUCCCAAUGCAACUGUGUCCCAUGAUGCGGCCAAACGUGCUUUACACGUCGUUUCUGAGGAGUUUACGAUCUUCAGUGAUUAUACCCGAGUUGCGGGUACUCUUGUCCGCAAGUCUGACACAAGACACUUGGCCGGCGCAACCGCGCAUUGCUUGUUUGCGAGUGACUUGGACGACCGCAACACCAAGAUCCUUCAACUUGAACACCAACUUAAAGAGGGACAUGAGGGAUCAAAUCAGGAGUUACAGGAGGAACUAAGCAAGGACCACGAGGCCGCUGAUACCAAGAAGGAUGCCGAGUUGGCUGUUGUGCGGGAGGAGCUGAAACAGGCCAAGGAAGAUACUAAGCACUUCUGA